UCCAGCGACUGGUGUCUCUCGCGAACAGCUGAUGGAGGCUCUGCUGAGCGAGGAGAUCCUGGAGGAGCAGGGCUGCGAAGGUCGCCGCUGCACCGCCAACGAGCACUGCUGCGGCGGCCACGUCUGCGUCGACUUCGAUGGUGCAUCGGGGACUUGCCUGUCAUCCAUGGGUCAGCGUGAAGGUGCUGAGUGCCGCAGUGACUCAGAGUGCGCUGCCGGCCUCCUCUGCGACAUGGGAUCCUGCGUGCAGUUCCAGGGCAAGAAGCGCUACAACGAGCCUUGCAGCGUGAGCACAGAGUGCGAAAUCGGCCGCGGUUUGUGCUGCCAGGUGGUCCGCCGUCAUCGCCAGGCGCCCAAGACGCUCUGUGGAUAUUUCAAGGCCAUGAUCUGUAUCGGUCACGUGGCUACAGACCAGGUCCAGCAUAUCGUGGAACACACCGAUGGGGAGAAGAGACUGACGGGGAAGACCCAUGAUUACGUCAGCAUUUAAGCUUCCGAGGGGGCAGAGAGACUGGCCUGAGGAGGAGCUCUGAACAACACUUGAUUGAGUGAGAGGGACGAGGAGAAGAGAAGAUGGAAGAGAGAAGAGAGAAGAUGGAAGAGAGAAGAGAGAAGAGAGACUGAGAGAGAGAAGAGAGAAGAGAAGACUGAAGAGAGAGAAGAGAGAAAAGAGAAGACUGAAGAGCGAGAAGAGAGAGCGUUUAGGCAGAAAGAAGAGAGCAAUUUGGAGAAAAAUAUAGAGAUGGAAGGAAUGGAUGGAAUUAGACGAGAAGA